AUGACAUUACAAUUACCAUUCAAACAAGUUGACGUAUUUACCAGUCAAGGCUUUAAGGGGAACCCAGUGGCAGUAAUCAAUUGCUUAAAUAUCGAAGAAUCACAAGUGACCAAAGAACAGUUACAAUCAGUGGCCAAUUGGACCAAUUUAUCAGAAACUACAUUUAUAUUCAAACCUUCAAGUGACAAAUACGAUUAUAAAUUGAGAAUUUUCACUCCAAAGAACGAAUUACCAUUUGCCGGACAUCCAACCGUUGGAUCAUGUAAAGCAUUUUUAGAGUUCACUAACAAUAUAGGCAAAAAAAAUGUUGUUUAUCAAGAGUGUGGUGUAGGAGUCGUAACUUUGUCUAUUGAAGACGGAUUGAUCUCCUUUGAAGCUGCAAAGACUUCAGUGGAAAGUAUUGAUACAUCAAUUGCCAAUGAUUAUUGCCAGGCUUUGGGUGUUACUGCUAUUCAAUCACCAAAAUUGUUGGAUGUUGGUCCACACUGGGUAGUAAUUUUAGUGGAUAAUGCUCAAACAUGUUAUAACGCUAACCCUGACUAUGCUAAAAUUAGCCAGAUAUCUAAAAUUAAUAACCAUGUUGGUAUUAUCCUUGGUGGUAAAAGAGCUGGAACAAUUAAUGAAUAUGAAAUGAGAGCAUUUGCACCAGUUAUCAAUGUCGACGAAGAUCCAGUCUGUGGUAGUGGUGCAUUAUCAUUUAUUAGAUAUUUGAAAGAUAUAGAAGAUAUUAAAAAGACUACUAAUAUCAAGAUCACCCAAGGUGGUAGAUUAGAGAGAAAUGGCACAAUUUAUGGAACUAUACAAGUUCAUGACAAUUCCUCUGUCUCUUAUCAUAUUGGUGGAGAUUCGGUAACCGUCAUUGAAGGUCAAAUUCAGUUAUAG